AUGAGAUCAAUGAGGAUUGUGAAGGAGAGAUCUGAUCUAUGCUAUUUGGUUUCUGCUGCAAUCAAGACCACUUACAAUACACAAAGUCCAGGCGGAGUCGAGCGAUGCAUCGAUGCGUUAAAUCAGUUGAAGUACCUGUCUCUUUCGGUCAAGGAUAUUCGAUUGUCUAAGUCCAUAUUUAAGCUGGAGAUUCUGAGAACGCAUAGAAACCCUAAGAUCCGUAAGGAAGCUCAAGACUUGUUUCAUUCAUGGAUGAAAACACUCUACGCACGAGGAGACAAGUCUCUCAAAGCUGCUCUGAACAAGAUCUCUCUGAAGCCGAAGAAGCAUGUUCUAACAAGAUACUCAGAGUUGAAGAAGAAAGAAGAACAGAGAUCACUUCAGAUUUGUGAACGAGAAGAGAUGAAGAAAGAGACAAGGACCGGAUUUGUUGAGUCGAGGAAGAAAGAAGAACAGAGAUCUUUGUCUCGUGAAGGUGAAGAGAUUAAAAAGAAAACAUACUUUUUGGAGUUGAAGAAGAAAGAAUAUGUGAAGACUUGUGAAGAGAAGGAUCUUAAGAAAGAUACAAAGACUGAUCUAAAGCCGCUUAGUUUAAAGAGAAGAGGUGAUACUUGCGAGGCUGUUACGACGAAGAAGCCACGUCAAGGAGAAGUUAAGGUUUCUGGAAAACAAGCCACGACUCUAACUCAGCACUCGAGACAGAACAUCAAAGACAAAGACGGUCAAGUUACAACCAAAACCUUGAUUCCUCCUCCUAGGAGAUCUGUCUAUAGGUCAAAACAACAGCAGACUGGACCAGCAAAAGAUUCUGCAAACCCUAAAUCUGCAAUUGCCAAGACUAAAACAGAGGAGGAGCUGAAGAAGAAGAAAACAGAGUUGGUGGAGGUGUUUGAAGAAGCAAAGAAAGCUGCUAAUGUGGCUAACACUAAGGGUAUUCUCUUGGGGAGAGCAGAAGCGUCUCGUUGCGUUGAUGCUCUCUCAUUGCUCAUGAGAAUCAAUCUCACUCCAAAACCUAAGGAACCAAGGAGGAUGAUGGAGAGGCUUGAAGGACUCACAAAGCACAAAGACCGCAAGAUUUGCAAUGCUGCAUCAGCCCUUCUUCAGCUUUGGAGACAGAGAACCAGAGAACAAGAACGUAGAGAUUCAGCCACAAAGAUGUUUCAUAACAACCCUCUUGAAGCGUAUUAA